AUUUAUAAGUUUUUGAAUGAUAAUUCGCUGCUAUCUAAACAUCAAUCUGGCUUUGGGCCUAAGCAUUCAACUUUAACAACACUCAUUCAAAUGUGUGACACACUUUAUGAGACCAUGGAUAAUGGUCAGUUGAGUGGUGUUGUUUUCCUUGAUAUUAGAAAAGCUUUUGAUUCUAUUGAUCAUACAAUCUUAUUGCAAAAGAUGAAUGAUCAAUUUGGAAUAAAAAAUGUGGAACUAGAUUGGUUUAAGUCCUAUCUAACUAAUAGAGAGCAAGCAUGCAUUGUCAACGGUGCAAUGUCAUCACCUAAAACGAUUGUGUGCGGAGUUCCGCAGGGAUCAAUUCUUGGUCCCUUGCUGUUUUUAUUAUAUAUUAAUGAUUUACCCGAAUGCCUCGAAAAAACUUCGCCACACCUAUACGCUGAUGAUACUCAAAUUUCUACUUCUGCUAAAACUAUUGAGGAACUUACUGAAAAUCUAAAUAAUGACCUGAAAAAAGUCG